GUGGAGCGGGCGAGGUCCCCCAGGCGCGGCAUUGUCUUCAUACCCACACCCGCCCCCCCUGCGGUGUUGUGUCCCGUCUCCCCCGCAUCCGAGCCCCGCGUUUCUCCUCAGGUCUCCCUCCACGACAGCGAGACAGGCGGCCUCCGCGGGCGCCUAACCCGGCGCGGCGCCGCUCAUUGGCGGCGGGAAGGGUCGCUCGUCGAUGCUGUCAGCGCGCGCCGCCGCUGCCGCCGCCGCCGGGGAAGGCCCCGCCAUGCGGGCUCCGGGGCGGGGCGGGGGAACCGGGACAGGUGCCGGGUGUGGGGCCUGGCGGGUGGCGGGGACGGGCGGCUCAGCUCCGCCAUAGCCCUGCCUCCCUCGGACAUGUCGCGCCGUCUGGCCCAGAGGCUUGUCGCGGCGGCGAGGGGCUGGCGCGGUUUCCCAGUUUGCAAGUCAUGUGGUCUCCGAAGAUUUUCCAUCCAGCCUGCCCAGCAGAAGAAGAUUCCAAACCGGUAUUUGGGGCAGCCCAGUCCCUUCACACAUCCACACCUUCUCAAACCAGGAGAGGUAACCCCAGGCUUGUCACAGGUGGAAUAUGCUCUUCGCCGACACAAACUGAUGGCAUUGAUCCAGAAAGAAGCCUGUGGCUGGGAUGGAUUGGAUCACACAGUGAUUCUCCUAUCCAACCCCACAUACUACAUGAGCAAUGACAUCCCCUACGUUUUCCACCAGGACACUAACUUCCUGUACCUCUGUGGGUUCCAGGAGCCUGACAGCAUCCUGGUGCUGCAGAGCAUUCCUGGCAAAGCACUGCCCUCCCACAAAUCCAUACUUUUUGUGCCCCGGAGGGAUCCAAACCGAGAGCUGUGGGACGGACCCAGAUCAGGCACGGAUGGGGCAAUUGCUCUCACAGGAGUAGAUGAAGCUUACACCAUCGAUGAGUUCAGGCACUUGGUGGCCAAGCUGAAAGGAGAGUCAAACAUUGUUUGGUACGACUUGACGAAACCAGUGCAUACAGAGCUGCACUCUGACUACAUGCAGGCCCUGGCUGAGAUAAAAGCUCGGAACAAAAACCACAUCCAGGGCAUCCGACAUCUAGUGCAAAACCUUCGUCUGAUCAAAUCUCCUGCAGAGAUUGAAAGGAUGAAGAUAGCUGGACGGGUGACAGCAGAGGCUUUCACAGAGACAAUGUUUGCCAGCAAAUCCCCAGUGGAUGAAGCCUUUCUGUAUGCAAAGUUUGAAUUCGAGUGCCGGGCUCGUGGUGCUGACAUCUUGGCAUACCCCCCUGUUGUUGCUGGUGGCAACAGAUCAAACACUUUGCACUAUGUGAAGAACAAUCAGCUCAUCAAGGAUGGUGAACUGGUCUUGCUAGAUGGUGGAUGUGAGUCUUCCUGCUACGUAAGUGACAUCACACGUACCUGGCCUGUCAAUGGAAGGUUCACCAAACCCCAAGCAGAACUAUACCAGGCUGUCCUGGAUAUCCAGAAGUCCUGCCUGAGCCUCUGCUCUCCAGGCAUGAGUCUAGAAAAUAUCUACAGCCUCAUGCUGAGCCUCAUUGGACAGAAGCUGAAAGAGCUGGGGAUCCUAACAAGCAGCAUCACUGAGAGCCACUUCUUCAAGGCUGUUCGAAAGUACUGCCCACAUCAUGUGGGCCAUUACUUGGGCAUGGAUGUUCAUGAUACCCCAGAUAUGUCCCGAUCGCUCCCACUCCAGCCAGGCAUGGUGAUAACAAUUGAACCAGGCAUUUACAUCCCUGAGGAUGACGUGGGUGCCCCAGAGAGGUUUCGUGGCAUUGGUGUGCGCAUUGAGGAUGAUGUUGUGAUAACAGACGAUGUGCCUCUCAUCUUGUCUGCUGACUGUCCCAAGGAGAUCUACCACAUUGAGCAGAUCUGUGGCCGCAGCUCAUGAUGCUCCUUCUCUGCUUCUUUCACCCUCCUCGGGAAAUGCAGUCCUCCAGGGAUGCUGAUCCCUGUAGCUGGCUGUAGUUAUCAAGUGAUGGAGGGUGUGGACAGUUGUUUCCAAGACUGGGGCUGGGAAGGGGAAUGCAAAAAGCUUGGAUACUGGGGGAUGAAAAACCAAAGCAGCCUUUUCUGUGUGCAUUUUCCUUCUGAUUUCAUCAGUGCUGAUGUUGAGCUGUUGUAGGACAAGGGCGUGGGAUUCAUCUCUCUGCUUUGUAGGUCCAUCUGUCCUGGUGCCCUUGGAAGGGUGAAUUUUGUCAGUGUAUUUUUGAAGAGUCAGCCCUGUGGCGAGUCUCAAGUCUUUAUAUGACUUUAAAUAUGAAUUUAAAGUAAUUAUUUAAAAUUCUGAGGGCAAGAUCACAGCUGCCUUUUGGGUUUUGCCAAGUGCAGUCAAUAACUAAUGCUCUGUGAUAGUAUUUUUGAGGCAGCUGCAAUUGUGAUUAGGGGCUAGGAGGGCUGAGGAGUAAAGAGAAGAGUUGUCUUCCCUCAACAUCAGCGUACCACCCAGGCAUUGUAUGCAGUAGUAGAUACACCCACUGGAGGCAAACAUUGUGUCCGUGUAUUUUCUGAAAAUAUUUUGACAAUCAGCUAUUAACAUGCCUGAAAAAUGCCUCUCAUCAGUGCAUCUUCUUUUGUUUUUAUGCUCGCUGUUGCAUCACAUCAUCUUACUUCCUUUCUGAUGGUAGCUUUCAGUAUUUUUCAUCUGUUAUUCUCAGUUUUCUAUUUUUUUCUCCCCUCUCUUCCUAUAUUGUCUACUUUUGACCCACUAUAAUGUCACUGCUUCAUCAUCUUCCCCAGUUUGCCCUAAUUCCCCACAGUGAAUGUAGUCAGAAGCAUGUGGGGAGGUAGUUUGGGUUCCUGAGUUCGACCUCUGGCUCUGUUGCUGUGUGACCUGUAGUGAAAUCUGUGCUUUUUUCUCCUUUUUUUUUUUCCUUUUCUGUAUUUCAUUUCACUUAGUGAAGGCCAAAUGGACAGUCUCUUGCAUCUCUCACUGCUUUUUAUGGGAGCUGGGUACAUGCACUGGGGUUUGAAUUUGGCACUUGAAAGGCAGCCAAGACAUGCUGUAUUUCAUUUUUUAAACAUGAUGAAAAGUAAAUGCUUCUACAGAGUUUAGUGUAUCAAGUUUCACCUAGUUAAGAGAAUCUGCUAAUCUUUGAUGGAAGCCUUUGUCAGAUGCUCAUGCAUUACAGUGAUAUACGUACAGUGUAAAUUGUUAGAAGGAAGGCUUGUUAAGUGUGGACACAGAACUGGUGAAUACUUUUGAUGUUCUGAUCUGUAACACGUUUUUGUUCCAGUUACACCUGUUCGAGCCAUGUCAACUGGGACAAAUCUUGGAUUUUGGAACUAUAUAUGCAGCUAAAAAUAACAUUAACCUGAGAGCUACAUGUGUGUGCUGAUCUGCACAUCUGCCCAUGUACCUAACAGAGUUAAUAACUGUAUUUACUGUAAAUAAGCCUUUGAAAUACAUAUUAAAAAGCUAUUUUUAAAAUAAAA